CUCUGCAUUUCCGCCUCAGCCCCGCCCACGCUCCCUUUCUCCACUUCCGGCCCUCCCCACGCGUGGUCGCCCAUAUGUCAGGGCACGGCUCCUUCCUGGCCUGCGUUGCCGUCCUCGCCGGUGCUGCAGCCCAGUCGCUUGACGGGUCCAGCCCGAGGCCUUCUCUAGCCCAGCGGGACUACUAGGGCGCCCUUCCGUCGCCCGGGCUUCGCGUGCCACCCAGAGUUGGCCCGCCAAGAUGGCCGUCGCCUGCAAGGUGGGGGCGCGCCCCGCCGCGGGGGUGUCUGGGAGUUGUAGUCCGGACCGGCGCGCUGACGCACUUCGCCACGGACCGACGGGCGCCAUAGUGCGCCGCGCGCGGGGUGAGUGCGGCGCCAAAACCGCGCCCGUCGGGGACUCUGUUCCAGGCCGGCUCUGCAGGGCAAGCCCAGCCGCAGCCCCCAUUUCGCCAAACACAAGAGGAGCUCAGAACCACCUCGCCUGCCGUCCUUCCGCCGCGGGGCCUGAAGGGGCAGUGGGGGUCGGGGACUUGGGGCCCAAAAGAUGCGGGGACCGGGCGGGCCGUCCCCCCUCAGGGCUCGUGAAGGGACUCUGCCCACUCCCCCGAGACACCUCCAGGAAGAGGAAGGCAUGGCUUCCGGGCUUCCGACGGCCUGGUUCCCUGAACCAGUGACUUUUGAAGAUGUGACGCUGGGUUUUACCCCAGAAGAGUGGGGAAUGCUGGACCUUGAACAGAAGUCCCUGUACAGGGAGGUGUUGCUGGAGAACUACAGGAACCUGGUCUCAGUGGAGCAUCAGCUUUCCAAGCCAGAUGUGGUAUCUCAGUUAGAGGAGGAGGAAGAGCUCUGGUCGGUGGAGAGAGGAAUUCCUCAAGACACCUUUUCAGAGUGUCCUGAGGCUCAUCUGGACCCUCAAUUCGAUCCUUUUCCUGCUGAGAGUCCCCUGAUGAAGAUCGAGGUCGUCGAAGUCCUCACACUGAACCAGGAGGCGGCUCGUCCGCGGAACGCCCAGAUCCGGGCCCUCUAUGCUGAAGACGAGGCCCUGAGCCCAGGCAUCCUCAGGGAGCCCACUCAGCAUCUGGAUACGCAUCCAGCUGACCCUGAGACCGCUCGACAGCGGUUCCGGGAGUUCCGCUUUGAGGAAGCGGCUGGGCCCCGCGAGGCCCUUGCCCGGCUGCGGGAGCUGUGCCGCCAGUGGCUGCAGCCCGAGAUGUACUCUAAAGAGCAGAUGCUGGAGCUGCUGGUGCUGGAGCAGUUCCUGGACUUGCUGCCCGGGAAACUGCGGAUGUGGGUGGCGUCGCAGCACCCAGCAGACUGCCAGGAGGCAGUGGCCCUGGUGGAGGAUGUGACCUGGAUGUCAGAGGAGGAGGCACUGCCCACCCAGGGCCCCGGCAGCUCUCUCCAGACCACAGCGCAGCACGAGGAGGACGUGGCCUCUUGGCCAGCGAAGGCACCGCCUGAGGCCCCAGCCCGUGCCUGCAAGCAGACCCCCAAAGCCGGGGCACCCCCAGCACAGCGGACUCUGUUGGAGUGUCCCCACCAAGGACUCCCUGCCCCUCUGGCUGGGACACGAAGUGUGACAUUGCAGGAACCCGUGACCUUCCUGGACGUGGCCGUGGACUUCAGCAGGGAGGAGUGGGGGCUGCUGGAGCCGACGCAAAGGACCGAGUACCACGACGUGAUGCUGGAGACCUUGGGACACCUGGUCUCCGUGGGCUGGGAGACAACCCUGGAGAGCAGCCGGCUGGCUGCGCCGAUGCUCGGCGCCCCCGAGGAAGAACCGGCCCGAGACCUGCAAGUGGAGGAGGCCUCCGGGGCCGCCUCGGGAGCCGCCCUGCCGGCCGGGGCCCCGGGGGGCUCGGACUCCGCGGCGGUGCCCGUGGCGCCCCCCCAGGAAGCGCCCCUGCCCGGGAAGCCGCGCAGAGCAGGCCCCGCCGCUGCCGCCCCGGCCGGCCCUGGGCCCAGCACAGGCCGCGGCUCCCUUCGGCCCGCGCUGCCUCGGAAGGGCCCGCACCGGCGUGGCCCGCGGGUUCGGACCGGGCCGCAGGCUCCGUGUGCGCGGCUGUCGCAGCAGGGCGGCGGGGGCGGCGGCCCGCAGGUUACGUUCACGCGCAUCCGCAGAGGCAGCCAGGUGUGCAGGUGCAGCGAGUGUGGCAAGACCUUCAGCAACCCCCGCUACUUUUCGGUGCAUAAGAAGAUCCACACGGGCGAGAAGCCGUACGCGUGUCAGGCCUGCGGCAAGGCCUUCGUGCAGAGCUCCUCCCUCACGCAGCACCAGCGGGUGCACACCGGGGAGCGGCCCUUCGAGUGCCCGCAGUGCGGGAGGACCUUCAACGACCGCUCGGCCAUCUCCCAGCACCUGCGGACCCACACGGGGGCCAAGCCAUACCCCUGCCGGGACUGCGGCAAGGCCUUCCGCCAGAGCUCGCACCUCAUCAGGCAUCAAAGGACCCACACGGGGGAGCGCCCCUACGCCUGCGGCAAGUGCGGCAAGGCCUUCACCCAGAGCUCGCACCUCAUCGGGCAUCAGAAGACCCACAGCGCGAAGGAAGCCUCUGAGUGUAAUCAAUGUGGGAAAUGCUUCAGUUGGAGUCCUCACUUUGUUACUCAUCAGAGGACUCACACUGGUGAGAAACACCAGGGAUGUCAUAAGUGUGAAAAGUCUUUUAACCGGAAUUCUCACCUUGCUGAACAUGAAAGAAUCCAUAUUACCAGAAAGAAGCCAUAUGCUUGUAAUCAGUGUGGAAAAUCUUUCAGCUGUUGCUCCAAGCUUGUUGUACACCAGAGGACACACACUGGAGAAAAGCCCUAUGAAUGUACUCAGUGUGGAAAGUCUUUCAGCCAGAGCUAUGACCUUGUUGUACACCAGAGGACACACACUGGAGAAAAGCCCUAUGAAUGUAAACAGUGUGGGAAAUCCUUCACCCAGAGUUCCAAACUUCUUAGACAUCAGCGAACUCACACUGGAGAAAAACCAUAUAAAUGUCAUGAAUGUGGAAAAUCUUUCAGGUGGAAUUCUAACCUUAUCGUACACCAAAGAAUUCAUACUGGAGAGAAACCAUAUGAAUGUACUCAUUGUGGAAAGUCCUUCAGCCAAAGUUCUGACUUUGUUGCACAUAAAAGGACUCACACUGGAGAGAAACCCUAUGAAUGUAACCAGUGUGGAAAGUCUUUCAUUCGAAGCACUCAGCUUAUUAGGCAUCUGAGAAUUCACACUGGAGAGAAGCCAUAUAAAUGCGGUCAGUGUGAUAAAGCCUUCACUGGGAGCUCUCACCUUAUUGAACAUCAGAGAAGUCAUACUGGAGAGAAGCCGUUCGAAUGCAAUCUUUGUGGGAAAGGCUUCACUGGGAGCUCUCACCUUCUUUCACAUCAGAGAAUUCAUUCUGGAGAGAAACCAUAUGAAUGUAAUGACUGUGGGAAAGCUUUUCGGCAGCGAUCUCAGCUUAUUGUGCAUCAGCGAACACAUACUGGAGAGAAACCUUAUGAAUGCAGUCAUUGUGGGAAAGCUUUCAGCCAGAGGUCUCCUCUCAUUGUGCAUCAGAGAACACAUGUUGGAGAGAAGCCCUAUCAGUGUAAUAUGUGUGUUAAAGCUUUCAGUCAGAGGUCACGCCUUACUGAACAUCAGAGAACACAUACUGGAGAAAAGCCCUAUGAAUGUAUUGACUGUGGAAAAGCCUUCAGUGAUCGAUCAACUCUUACAAAACACGAGAGAACACAUACUGGAGAAAAACCCUAUGAAUGUAGUCACUGUGAAAAGGCCUUUAGCCAGCGGUGUCAGCUUACUAGGCAUCAGAGAAUUCACACUGGAGAGAAACCCUAUGAAUGUAAUGAAAGUGGGAAAGCUUUCAGUUAUAGUACAUCCCUUAUUCAACAUGAGAAAACCCAGGGAGAGAAACCCUGUGAAUGGAUGGAAAACUCACUGCCAGACUUUCUUUACUAGACAGACAUCAGAUGACCAAGGUAUGGUUCUCAGAGUGUAGACUCAUGACCACAUUUAUUACAAUUGCUUGGAGUGUAUAUGUGUAAAAUGCACACUACCAAACUUACCCUCAUCUUACUAAAUCAGAAUCUCUAGCAGUUUAAAAAAAAAAAAGUGCAGUUUCUAAAAGUGCUUUAUGUGUACACUAAAAUUUAUUUACCUCUGCCUUUUGCUGAGAUGCUAUGAAUAUAACCACAUGAAAAACACCAGUCAGAGCUCUCAGCAGGAGUUAAAAAACUCAAUGGAGUCGUAUCCACUGGAUAAUCUUUUUAGUGCAAAAAGCUACCCAAACUCAAUCAGACCCUGUCCCCUUAACAUUCCUGGAAAUGAUGGCAGACUGAAAGCCCCACUCAGCAUUGCAUGAGGAAGGUGGUGUUUAAAGAUGAAAUUUGAAGCCAGACAUGUUUACUGUAAACAAACAAUUAAAAACACAAAAUGGGGAGUUCCCAUUAUGGC